GCACUGGUGGAUACCUUCUGGGAUUUGUGGCAUCGUCGCUAUUUAAACGAACUGAGGGAACGUGAAAAGCGUAUGCAUAACGGACCUCGUUUACGUGUUCAGCGUCAGCCAAAGAAAGGCGAAGUGGUCUUGGUGGAACAAGAAGGAACUACACGUAGCUGUUGGCCAAUGGGCCGCAUACAAGAAGUCCACGGCACCGAGGAGAAUAUCCGUACGGCCACUGUGAUCAUGGCAAAUGGUCGUACUUUGCAAAGACCGAUCAGCGCAUUAUAUCCUUUGGAAAUAUCUACCGAAGCAGCUAAAAGAGCGGACCCCAAUCUUGAAGAAGAGGAACUUGAACAAUAUGUCCAUGGCAACAGUCUUGUGGAGUGGGGGAGAGGGCGCAGUACAGAUAGCGCCCAAAGUAAACGAUUCAAGCUCCCAUUUCUUACUCUCUGA